CGCAAAUGGCGGCUGCCGGCGCUAGCUGGGGAUGAGACCACGAAUACGUGUGGUACUGUCAGCGGUCCUUUGUUGCUGUUUGUUUUGGCGUUUCAGCGUGGAACAUGAUGAGCCAAGACGGCUUGCCUGGGCGAACGGUCACGAGACGCUGUCGCAGAUGCCAUCCAUCAUCAACCUGUUUCGAAAACCGAGUUGCAGCGGUAAUUGGCAAGAAGCAGUGUCAAUUACCAGGACGAUCGUCGGUCUGAUGAUUUCGGGUUGCACCUUUGUGGCUUUAUUGUUUCUAACAGCCACGGUGGGCUUUGACAUCGUUCCCAAAAAGUUGAAUCAAGGUAAAAAGCUGGUGUUGUUAGCAGAACUGAUGGUAUCACUGCUGGUGGGCUGGAGCAUGUCCAAAGCUGCCAUGACCCAACUCCCAGCAGACACGCACUGGCACGUCUUUCUGCCGGAGGAUUGGCAUCAGGUGAUGCAGUGCACCUACAUUCACACCAUUGGCUUUCCUGAGUCGUUCUUUCCUCUUCAUGCUGGAAUCGACUUGCCCGAGAAGGAAAAGACUCAGAGGAUGGAAUACUAUUUAUCUUUGCUCUUGUGGCUGACGCUUGGGGCCUGUGUGGCCGGCACCAUGGUGACACUUGUUGGCCGAGGCUGGCGGUUGCGUUGGGUCGAUGUGGCACCGGCGCUGGCGGAGCGAAGCUCGCGAAGCUCCAGGGAGUAUCAGCUGGUCGAUUUGAGUGAAGAGAGCAGUGAAGAUGAUACCCUGUCGGAGUAUCAUGUGCCGUUGUGGCUCCACUUGUGGUUCCACGUUUUCAGUGCCAGCUUGGCCAUUUCCAGCGCCAUCGGCGAUCGGAUGGAUAUGCAAGCAGGUGUCUGCUGGGAAGUCUAUGUCCUUUGGUUUACAGCGCAGCUGAGUGGUUCAGUAAUUCAGGCGAUGUACAUGACCUGCACCAUGCCGAGCUAUGCUCCCGUGCCUUACUUUGUAGGGCCCAUUGUGCUUCCUGUGCUUCCCGUGACGGGCGAACCGCUGGAUAUUUUUAAGGAUUGGCUUUUUGUUGGCUUGGCUCUUUCGCGCAGGACGUGCCUGAGUUUUGUCUUUGCAGCCAUUGCCAUGGGGAUCCUUUUGGGUUCCAACAUCCACAUGCGCCAUCAGUACCCAAAGGACCUGGCCUGGAUGCUGACUCCGGUGAAACAGCUCUGCCUCGCGCAGCGCAAGGAGAGUUUCCUGGCGCGGAACACUGCGCCGGUGAAGCUGGCGAUGGCCUUGACCGAGGACCUGCCGCAGGCGUGCGUGCAAUCCCUGUUCGUGGCAAUCUAUGGCGGAUCCAGAACCCAGGUUCUCUUCAUCGCCUUAAGCUGCAUGAAGAUCCUGGCCUGCGUGGUCUUGCGCGCCAUGGUCUUGGAGAACGAGGACCGCUACGGUGAAGCCUUCGAGGCAAAGGAGUUCUACUACCGUGUUCAAUACUACAUCCUCAGCGCUUUUUUGCCCGAUAACCCUUGGACGCUGCAGAGUCAAAGCAAGCUGGCGGACGCCUUGUACCAGCAGGGCAGGCAUUUGGAAGAGGUGAGUCAUCGGGAAGCUGUUGCGGCCAUCUGUACAAAGUCGGAUGAUCUCCAAACUAGUUUGAACGCGCGAAGUCGCCUUGCCCACACCUUGAGCAAGCUGGAUCAGCACGUCAGGGCCGUGGAGAUCCUGGAGCAGGUGGUGAAAGAAUGCGGCCAUAGAGAUUCGCCCGAUGCCCUGUGGUUUCAAGACAACCUGGCCAUGGCUUUGAGUCGCGUGGGCAAACAUGAGGAGGCCCUCCAGCUGAAGCGAAAGGUGGUACAGACGAGAUGUGAGGAAUUCGAGCCCAACCAUCCGUACACGCUGUGGUCUCAAAGUUCCUUGGCCAAGACCUUGACGGAUGUGGGGUACUAUGCCGAAGCUCUGGCGGUGGAGGAGAAGUUGGUCAAAGCCAGCCUUGAGACCAUGGGAGCCAAUCAUCCCAACACUCUUUGGGCGCAGGACAACUUGGCCAUCACAUUGGGCCACUUGGGCCGACAUGAAGAGGCUCUGGACUUGAAGAAAGAGGUUCUGAAGCGACGAAAGAUGUACUUCGGGCCCAAGCACAAGUACACCCUCUGGUCCACCGGCAGUGUGGCCGACACCUUGCUGGCCAUGGGCGAAAAGGACGAAGCUCUGAAGCUUCGAAGGCGAGAGGUGAAGGAUCGACAAAAGAUCCAUGGAAUCAUCUUUGCAGACACCAUUGAAGCCCAGCUGAAACUCGCUAAGCUGUUGACGGGCAUGGGUCACAGGGAGGAGGCGAUCGAACUCCAAGACAAGGUCGUGAAGCUGAGUCGUGAAGCCUUCGGGCCCAACAACCCCGACACCCUGAGGGUGGCACGGAGUUUUGCCGAGAUCACCAGCCCUGGGCCCACGCAAGAGAUUUGGUCCUUUUUUUCCCCAAAGCACCUCGGGUGCGGUGCACCUUGGGGAUGAGAAUAGUGAAGAGAGAUGAACAUCCAUUGGCACAACAUGUUCUUUCAGCCAAAGCUUGGAAGCAUUCUGUUCUGGUGUCAAUUCUCUUUCUGACACCUUUUUGUGGGGAGAUUUAUGGAUCGUUCCCCAAAAGGUGUGUUGCUUGAUGUCUUAAAGCGCAUUGCUUCUCAUCCUGACGAUGACGGAAUCCAAGCCAAGAGGGUGUCAAAAUGUUGCUCACUCUGUGACAUUCUGUGACAAACCGGACUUGUUGUCUCAACACAACAGGUUGUUUCUGAUAUUGUUUCUGGUUGGUGGUUGCACGCCCUUCAUCAACGGCUGCAAUGGGCGCCCAAAAAAACUCGCGGCAAUUCGCCACGCCUGGGGUGCUGUUGAAUGUUGGGACAUGAUGUUGGACACCAGGUUUGGG